AGGUGAGGACUAAAGUCUUGGAGGCCAAACAUCAAGAGGAUACACUGAGGAUGCAGCAGAAACAUGACGCAGAGAUUCAGAAGAUUUUGGACCGCAAGAAUGGCGAGAUUGACGAGCUGAAGUGCAUGUAUCGUGGGAAGCAGAAGGAGGGGGAGGAGACUAUUCGGAGGCUGGAGAAGAGAGUUCAAAGCCUGCUGCGAGAGUCCCAGGUCAUCCGACAGACCAAAGAGAAACAGAUCAGCGAGCUGAAGAAAAUGUCUGAUCAAAGUGCCGAGUCUCUGAAAAACGAAUGGGAGAAGAAGUUGCAUGCUGCUGUGGCGGAGAUGGAACAAGAAAAGUUUGACAUGCAGAAGAAGCACACAGACAACAUCCAGGAGCUGCUGGAGGACACCAAUCAACGGCUCGCCAGGAUGGAGGCCGAGUACAGCAGCCAGAUGCAGGCCACAGAGCGGAUGUUGCAUGAGCUGGAGACUCGGGUGAAGCAGCUCUCAGUGGAGGUGGAGAAUGGGAACCUGCUCCGGCAGAAGGUCACACAGGAGAAAGCCGAGUUAGAGAUUCAUAUCGCCUCCAUCAGCGCUGAGCUUCAAGAGGCCAACCACAGGAGCGUAUCCCUGCAAAGGGAGAUGGAGCAGAUGAGAGACCAGCAUGAAGACGCGCUGCAGAAACUUCAGGCCAGACAUAACGCUGACAUGAGCCACUUCCAGCAGGAGCAUGCCCUCUCUGCAGCCAAGGCAUCGGAGGUGAUCGAAGAUUUGGAGCAGACUGUGAUUCACCUCAAACAGCAAAUACAGGAAGCUGAAAAUAGGAGACAGAAACAGCUCAGGGACCAAGAGAAUAAGAUGCAGCAAGAGAUAACAGACCUACAAAAUAUCACUGACAAAAAGCUGCAAACGCUUCAGGCCGAGCUGGAAAAGGAGCGAGCCAACAGCAAGAGGAAGAUGAGCAAGAUGGAGGACUCACUCAGGGAUAAAGAGGAGCAGCUGGUUCGUGUUCGGGACAGUCAGAGGCUUCAGGCCCAGCAAGCUGAGAGUGCACUGGAGAACUUUAAGAAGCAGGUGGAGCUCAGCUCAGAGAAGACUUACGCUGACAUGAAGCAACAGAUGGAGAAAGUAGAGGCCGAUCUGAUUCGCUCUAAAUCUUUACGAGAGAAGCAGUCUAAAGAGUUCAGUUACCAGUUGGAGGAGCUGCAGCGAAGAUACGAGCAGCAGAUUGUGGAACUGAAACUGCAGCAUGAACAGGAGCGGACGCACCUACUCCAGACACACAAUGCUGAGAAGGACAGCCUGGUCCAGGACCACCAGCGGGAAAUCGAUAGUUUGGACAAGCAGGCGAGGGCCGCCAUGGUCCAGCAGCAAAUGCAAACCCUGGAGUGGAGGAAGCGCGAUGCUCAGACCAUCUCUGAUCUGGAGGUCCAGGUGCAUUCUCUGAGGAAGGAGCUGUUGGCAGCCCACAGUCAGAGGAAACAGCAGCUGACGGAGUUGGGUGUGCUGCGGGAGGAGGAGCGACAGCGGGCCGCUCGGGACCAGCAAGCAGCUCUGGACCGUCUGCGGGCCGAGAUGGAUCAGGUGCGGCAGGACCUGGAAAGAACCCACAAGGCUGAAAGAGAGCUGGCCCAAGAGAAGACCAACAGCAGGUUGAAGCAUCUUGAGAAGGAAUAUAAUCAGAAGCUGGCCAAGUCUGCACAGAUGACAGAGAAGGGCGCGUAUGCUGGUCCGGUUUCAACCCCCAGCUUAAACCCAGCAGUCCCAUCAUGCACAGCUGCUGUUUAA